GAGCAGCAGGGAAGCGAAACAUCGUCGACGUGGAAUUCCCGACCCUAAUCCGGCGAUGUCAUUAUCCCUUUCAGUUGUUUCGACAAUCAGCAUUCGCUAUGGUUUUCCGUCUCGGAAAUUAACUGCUUCUCCAGUUCGCUCGCUCUCUUCUCAAGCUCAACCAUCACUCAGGUGCGCUGUACUUGGAGCUGGAUUUGCGGGACUCGCUGUAGUUUGGCAUUUGUUGAAAAAUAGUCCUAAGAGGUUGGAUCUGAAAAUUGAUUUGUACGAUGAAGUGGGCGUUGGGGGUGGUGCUUCGGGGAUUGCUGGAGGUCUCCUUCACCCUUAUUCCCCAAAAGUCAAGCUUCUUUGGGAGGGUGCUCAGUGUUGGAAUGAGAGUAUUAAUCUUUUGAGAAUUGCUGAAGCCAAUUCCAGAGAAUGCAAAGUUGGAGAAUCUUCGGAAAAUGUGGAAACUUUUGUUGGCCACAAAAGGGGCAUCCUAAGACCAGCAGUGGACAUGAAGAAUUUGACCAAACUGAAUGAUAAUGUCCGGACUUGCCUUCCUAGUUGCAGAAUAGAAACUCUUAACACAGGAGAGGUGCAAAAUCUUGUGCCUGGUUUAUGUCUACCCAUGGGCACAGCUUUCUUUAUGCCUGAAGCUUUUAAUAUACAUUGCCAACACUACCUUCAGGCACUCUUCUGGGCAUGCGAAAAUCUAGCGAAAGAAUCUCCUACUUCUGGUUCUGGACAUAAACAGCUCAGUUUUCACAAAAGAUCUGUCUGUGGACUACUUGAGUUCGAAGGGGAGUAUGAUGCAGUCAUCAUAUGCCUAGGUGCCAAAGUUAACAUGCUACCUGAAAUUUCUGGUAGGCUUCCUUUGAGAACAAGUAGAGGCGUUAUUUUGCACAUGGAGCUUCCUGAAGAUAAAGGAGAAGGGUAUCCAGACCUCGGCCCUUCAAUAUUGUCAGAUGCAUGGAUUGCCGUUCAGGGGCCUCGGAGUCUACUUGUGGGAUCGACGUGGGAGUGGAAAUCCCAAAAUUCAUCCCCAAAUGUUGCAGCUGAUGAAGCUUCAAAAGCUCUUGGAGAGCUUCUGCCAAAGGCAUCUGCUAUAUAUCCUGGAAUAAAGGAUUGGGUUUACAGUGGAGCAAGAGCUGGUCUGCGAGCAAUGCCUCCCCUAACUUCCCUUGGAUCACUGCCACUUUUGGGCUGUAUUAAUGAUUUAAUAGGCAAAAAUCAAAGUUGCAAGUAUUGGUUAUUUGGAGGGUUAGGCUCCAGGGGAUUGUUAUACCAUGGUUGGCUAGGGAACAUAAUGGCUCAGGCUGUCCUUUCGUGUAAUGAACAAAUAAUUCCACCUGAAUUGGUUUCUUGGAAGAACAGUAAGCUUUAAUCCAUUACUAUUACUUUAACAAAA